AUGAGUAAUAUAGAAAUUGCUUCUACAGAUAAUGAACAAGCAUCGGUUUUCCCCAUUAUUGCUGGUGUGAGUGUAGCAGUAGUUUUAGUGACUAUUAUCGCUAAUUUCAUUUGGGGUAGAAAAUCUAUACCACAGAAGAAGAAAAAUCCUGUAACAUUGUUAGACCCCAAUGUCAAAUAUCCAUUGCCUCUAAUUGAGCGUGAGGAAGUAAGUCAUGACACUAGGCGAUUUAGAUUUGGUCUCCCGUCCCCUGAUCACAUUCUUGGUUUACCCAUUGGUCAGCAUAUACAUUUGUCUGUUAAAUUAGAUGAUGACCUUAUCAUUCGAGCAUACACACCAGUCUCAAGUGAUGAAGAAAAGGGAUAUGUGGAUUUGGUCAUCAAGGUAUACUUUAAGAAUGUCCAUCCAAAAUUCCCUGACGGAGGGAAAAUGUCACAACACUUGGAAAGUAUGAAAAUUGGAGACACCAUUGAUGUAAGAGGUCCCUCUGGUAGGCUUCAAUAUGCCGGAAAUGGUACAUUCCUUAUCAAAAAACUAAGAAAAGAUCCACCAAACAAAAUUGUUGUGAAGAAGCUCAAUAUGAUUGCAGGUGGAACGGGCAUCGCGCCAAUGUUGCAACUCAUACGGCACAUUUGUCAAGAUCCAAAUGACUCAACUCAAAUGAAACUAUUGUUCGCCAACCAAACGGAACAAGAUAUUCUGCUGCGUGAAGAACUGGAGAAAUAUCAGCGCGAACAUCCAGAACAAUUGAGUUUGUGGUACACGCUGGAUAGACCAAAUGAAGGUUGGAAAUACAGUACCGGUUUCAUCAACGACGAAAUGAUUCGUGAUCACCUCUUCCCUCCUGGUGAUGACGUCAUAGUCCUUAUGUGUGGUCCACCGCCCAUGAUCAACUUCGCUUGUAACCCAGCGUUGGACAAACUCAACUACCCAGCAGAACAACGCUUCGCUUACUAA